UCAUUUUUACCAAAGAAUGAAGAUAAACAAUCUUGCAUUUCUCAAAGUUUAUUUUUCUGAUAUUAUAUUAGUCUAUUUUCUGUUGAUGUUCAAUGUUGUUUAUUUGUAUUCGUACUUUGUGGUGCUUUGUACACAUUUUUCUGUCUUUGUGAUUAACUGUUAACAUUAUAAUGAUUCAGUUUCAAUAAUUUGCUGUGUCUCACUUAGGAAUUUACAUGUUUUUCUAAAUAAAUAAUUAAUAAUAAUUGUAUACAUCUUGAAGAUUAAACAGAGUAUACAAAAUGUCUUGUUAUGUACAAUAUUGUCAUGAAUGUAACAUUGCUAUUUGUAAGGCCAAAACAGAUACUGAUGGGGUAACAUAUUAUCAUAUCAAAGUAAAUGUUGGCGAUGUUACUUGGAGUGUACAAAAACGAUACAAUGAAUUUUUGGAACUGCACAAAAAAUUAGUGAACGAACAUACUGUGACCAAAGACAUACUGCCAGGAAAAAAAAUAAUUGGGAACAAGGAACCAAAUUUCAUUGAAAGACGUCGGGUUGGCUUGGAAAUAUAUCUACAAACUGUUUUGUCAUUUUUACAAAAGUCAAUGCCUGAAGAAUUAUUAGAGUUUUUAGAAUUCCACAAGUAUGAUGUAAUAUUAAUUGUCAAGAAACUAGCUGUAGAAUUUUUUAAAAAUGGAGAUGAUUACCUUUUGAACGAUAAUGGUUUUAAUUUUAAUGUAUUACUAUUAUAUGCAAUUAGUGAAAGAUUAAAAUUACCUUGUCCGGAUAGUGAAAAUAACGAGUAUAAUUUCAGCCAUGUAUUAGAUUUUUGUUCAAAGUUUAAAUAUUUAGCAAUUAAAGGAGGAAAUCAUUAUGUUGGUACAAGUAAUAUAAUUUACAAUAAAUUAAGUUUUGAGCUAUCAUCUUUUAAGAAUGUGAAAAAAUUUGAAUGUUAUAAUAUUGCCUAUAAUAUGAUAUACAAUUUGAUGACAUUACGGGAUACAGUACGUAUAAUUACAGUAUACAAUUCAAAGCUUAAAACUCCUGAAGAUAUUUUACUAAGUGAUAAUGUUCAUAAAGAAUGGUCCUCUGACAUGGAUUCUAGUAUGAUUUGGAAUAAAGUAAAAGUAGUUGAUUUCAGUUGGAAUGAAAUACUAACAUUAAAAAGUCUCACAGUUUUAACUCCAAACGUUAAAACAAUAAAUUUAAAUGGAAAUUUAUUGAAUACUAUUGAAGAUUUGUCACCUCUUAGUUAUCUCAGUCACUUAUCACUAUCAAGUAAUAAUAUUACUGAAGUACUCGACCUUCAUACAAAACUUGGAAAUGUUAUAUGUUUAAAUCUGUCUUCAAAUAAAAUUUCUAAUUUGGAAGCAUUUUCAAAAUUAUUUUCACUAGAAAUGUUGGACUUGGGCUCAAACUUAGUUGAAGAUAUAGAUCAGUUAGAACACUUGAGUGGGUUACAAAAUAUGAAUUAUUUAGUUUUGUCUGGAAAUCCUGUAUCUACUGUAGUUGAUUAUAGAAUUAAGGUACUAGGGAUACUGAAAAAAAGAACUUCAGAUUUUUGUUUAGACAAUGAGCGACCCACUCAAAAAGAGCUAGAUACUGUGGCAAUAAUGCAUGCAAUAAAGGUCGCCAAAGAAGGAAAAACAUUAUUUGAUAGAUGAUUUAGAUUACAGAAAAUCUUAUAUCAUUGUAAUUAAACUACCUAUAUUAUUUAUUUUUAUUUGUUAUUUUAUAUUAUAAAUAAUAAUCACAAAUCAAAAUUUGAUUUGUGUCUUGUGAUAAUAAUAAUAUACCUA